AUGGCUAGCAAGCGCGGCACCAAGUCCUCCGCCGCCGACGAGCUCGACGAGCUGUUCGAGGGCAUCGGCGACGAUGCAGCAGCCCCCAAGAAGCCCGCGACCAAGGCUCCGGCAGCAGCAAAGCAGAAGCCAGGUGACGACAUCCUGGCCGAGCUCGAGAGCGAGCUGGGAGACAAGGUCCCGUCACGGCCACACACCCCGCGCGUCCGGGAUGCCUCAAGGCCCGCCAAGCGUGUCGGAACCCCUAACACAGACGCUGGCCGUCCGUCAACCGAAGAGCCCAAGUCCGCCCUCCCUCGAAAGUCAGGAGAGAGCACCCGAUCGUUCCACGCGAGCUUCACCCCCAGCGCCACCUCCUCCGAGCUCCAGGACACCGAGAAGACCAAAGGCACUGUUGAGCAGCAGCAGACAACAGCAGCAGCGGGUGGCGGUUGGUGGGGCGGGAUCCUGUCAACGGCUUCGGCUGCCAUGAAACAGGCUGAGGCUGCCGUCACGCAGAUCCAGCAGAACGAGGAGGCCAAGAAAUGGGCUGACCAGGUGCGAGGCAACGUUGGUGCUCUCAGGGGUCUGGGUGACGGUAUUGCACACAGGGCGCUCCCUACCCUGACUGACAUUAUGAACACCCUCGCGCCUCCAAUCUCCCAACACGAGCGGCUUCUCAUCCACAUCACCCACGAUCUCGUCGGCUACCCGUCGCUCGACCCUAUCAUCUAUGGUGUCUUCAGCCGUGUUAUGGCACAGGUUGAGGGCGGUGACCUGAUGGUGGUACAGCGCGGGCAUGAAAACACCAUCAGGUCCCCAUCCAACGAGAAGAGCGGCUUCUUCUCUGGCGGCCACAGCACAGCCGGCUGGCGCGAUGGCCCCUGGUGGCGGGACGUCGGCUCGCCACGUGAUCUCGGCUUGAUCAAGGGUCUGACUGAGGGCACGAAGCUCUGCCGCGCCAGCGCCGAGGCCUACUCCACUGAGUACUUCGCGGCGUCGGGCGGGAUCGAAGGCGCCAGGGAGCGCGCCAUCGAGCCCGUCAGCGAGACCAACCCGGUCCGCAGCUCUGACCUCUUCCUGUCCGUCCAGGCCAUCGUCACCGACGAGGACAAGGAGCUCUUCGCGGGUGCCGCAGCGAGCGAAAAGGAGAAGGAGUCGUCGACCGUGGUCGAGGAGGGCAGCAACGACGCGCAGGUGUGCUUCGCGGUCUUCAUCCUCGACCCCGUGCACGAGAUCCAGUUCAGCGCCGUAAGCCAGGCCGUGCCGGCCCGGUGGGUCCGCUGGCUGGACGCCCCGACCCCGUUGACUCCCGCGAGCAGCAACGACGGCAGCGGCCGCGGCGAGGUGGAGAAUGUGCCCGAGGAGAUCAGGGACAUCGUCGAGAGCGGCGGCGACCCGCGCGAGUGGGUGGCCGAGUGGGUCGAGGAGGUUCUCACGCUCUCCGUCGGCGUGGUGGCUCAGAGGUACGUCGCGCGGCGAAUGGGAGUCGGUGAGGGUGGCAUCGGCAAGGGGAAGAGGAGGAUGGAGGAGGUCGUCGCGGAGGGCGGUGGUGAGGCUGCUCGGGCUGGUGUCAUCUGA